AUGGACAACCAUGAAGACGACCCGAACCGAGUAACGGCACUUUGGCCGGACCCGCCAUCAUUUUGGAGGGACUUUACACCGGAGAAUGUCGAACGUUACGAUAGUCUUAAGGAGGAUUACACACAUCAGCAAGGCCUCAGCGCCGACGCCGACGCCGACGCUGUUAUUAGGAUACCCAGCAUCCCGGAGGAGCUGAUCAACCUCCAACCCCCGCCAGAACCCACCGAGGGGACUUGGACGUUAUUCACCGAGACCCAGACCCUCACCGAAACCCUCCAAAGCCUCGAAGAGGCCGGCAUCCAACGACUCGGGCCAACCUCCGACAUCGACCGCGACAGCAAGCACCUCGACCGAGGGUUCCAACUAAAAAAGCUGGUUAAGUCCCUGCUGCUCAACUACCUCGAGCUAGUCGGCCUAAUGGGCUACAACCCCGACCACGCCGCCGAAAAAAUCGAAGACCUCAAAAUCCUCCUCCUCAACUUCCACCACACCCUCAACGAGUACCGCCCCCACCACGCGCGCGAGCAGCUGAUCCAGAUCAUGCACGCGCACGGCGACCAGAUGCGGGCCGAGACGGCGGGGAUCCGCAGCGUGGUGGACAAGGCGAAGCGCAUGAUCGAGGGCCUGGCAAGCAUCCAGGUGCCGCAGUUGGAUAACACAGAGUCAGAUACGGGUGGGAAGGGGGCUGUUGGCGUUGGUGUUGGUGUUGGUGGUGCCAAGGCCCAGAGAACAAGAUUGGAGCGCGGGAGGGAGGCGGUGGGGUGGGCGGGUGUGGAGGGCGAUUUCGCAUGA